AUGGUGGCACCAGGAGGGGACAUCAAGGUGACAGUGGCAUUGGAGACAUCGGGGAUGAACCAGAAGUGGAAAGCAGCCGCCAAGCGAGUGAAGCCCCUGUGGUACGGAGGGUGGUGGUCCAAGUACAAGCAUAGGGAGGCCUGGCAGAUUCACUACAUCACACUGCCCCAGACACGCCAGGGCAAGCGCUUCGUGCUGACCAUGGUGGAAGCCACCACUGGAUGGUUGGAAACCUACUCUGUUUCUCAUGCUGCGGCCUGGAACACCAUCCUGGGCCUGGAAAAAGAGCAAGGGCUCUUUUCGGACUCUGUGAAGGUGUUCUCCAAGGAGGAGUGGUCUCUUGUGGGUGUCCGCCGCAUGGAGGCCCUCUUUGAUGAUUGUACUGUAGACUUGGGAUCGCUGCUGGUGCAGUGGAAAAAGUACACGCGGCAGCUGCAGCUCCUGCACUUCUGCCUCUUGCUGGGCAUCUCCCUGGCUGCCCUCCUGGGCAACGGCCUCAUCAUCAGCGCCGUAGCCUGCGGCCACCACCUGCACACGCCCAUGUUCUUCUUCCUGCUCAACCUGGCCCUCAGCGACCUGGGCUCCAUCUGCACCACUGUCCCCAAAGCCAUGCACAAUUCCCUCUGGGACACCAGGAACAUCUCCUUCGCAGGAUGUGCCACACAACUCUUUCUGAUUUAUUUCUUCCUUGGAUCAGAGCUUUCCCUCCUGACCAUCAUGUGCUAUGACCACUACGUGUCCAUCUGCAAACCCCUGCACUACAGGACCCUCCUGGGCAGCAGAGCUUGUGCCCAUAUGGCAGCAGCUGCCUGGGCCAGUGCCUUUCUCAGUGCUCUCAUGCACACAGCCAAUACAUUUUCCCUGCCCCUGUGCCACGGCAAUUCCCUGGGCCAGUUCUUCUGUGAAAUCCCACAGAUCCUCAAGCUCUCCUGCUCCAAAUUCUACCUCAGGGAACUUGGGCUCAUUGCUGUUAGUUCCUGUUUGGUAUUGGGUUGUUUUGUGUUCAUUAUUUUCUCCUAUGUGCAGAUUUUCAGGGCUGUGCUGAGGAUCCCCUCUGAGCAGGGACGGCACAAAGCCUUUUCCACCUGCCUCCCUCACCUGGCCGUGGUCUCUCUGUUCCUCAGCACGGUUAUCUUUGCUCACUUGAAGCCUCCCUCCAUGUCCUCCCCAUCCCUGGAUCUGGGCCUGUCAGUUCUUUACUCGGUGGUGCCUCCAGCCCUGAACCCCCUCAUCUACAGCCUGAGGAACCAGGAGCUCAAGGCUGCAGUGUGGAGGCUGAUGACUGGAGGCUUUCAGAAACAUUAA